UUGGUUUGGUUUGUUUGUUUUGUUUUUUGUUUCUUUUUUCUUAAUAUACAGGAUUAAACCCCUAUGAAGUCUUUUCAUUCUGAGUACUUUUCACACUACCUUCUCUCUGUCAGAUGCCGUGCUAGAUAGUGUUAAGUCAUCAGCCAAAACCCUCAGAAGAGAAUCCCCACCUUUGUUUUUCAGACUUUGAUGACCAAGAAGAAGUAUUUGAUGAAAUGUCUCUCAACUUACGCAGUUAUUUUCCUGAGAGCUGGUGGUGGAAUUUUAAAGAACUGAAAAAUCCUGGAAAUCAUAGUGUAAACAACAUUGCUCCUGACUCUAUAACUACCUGGGAAGUCCAGGCAAUAAGCAUAUCUCCCCAGAAAGGAUUUUGCAUAGUAGACCCCCACACCUUUGAUGUUUUCAAAGACUUUUUUGUGUCCUUGAGAUUACCAUACUCAGUUAAACGACAUGAACAGCUUGAAAUAAAAGCAGUGGUUUACAACUAUCUGCCUGAUGAUCUACAGGUAAUAUUACCAGUAACUGGUGUGAUAUAG